CUGAGACGGGGCGGUGGAGCAGGCGGCAGCAGCUCAGUAGCUCCGCCCUUCUCUCAGGAGGUCGCGCUCCGGGACUUUGCAGAAAUGAGUGACAUGGACUCGUACAAGGUGCUGCUGGAUGGGCCGGCACCUUGGGGCUUCAGGCUACAGGGUGGCAAGGACUUCAACAUGCCACUCUCCAUCUCCAGGCUCACCCCCGGGGGCAAGGCAGCCCAAGCAGGUGUGGGAGUAGGUGACUGGGUGCUAAGCAUUGAUGGAGAGAACACGAGCUCCUUGACCCACAUUGAAGCACAGAACAAGAUCCGUGCGUGCGGGGACAAGCUCUCGCUCAGCUUGAGCAGAGUCCAGAAUCUCCUCGGCAAGCCUCAGAAGGUGCAGAACCCUGACAAGGUUAGCGCUCACCCCCCUGAGGUGAAGGCUCCACCCCAGAGCAACCCCCCACCUGAUUAUGGAGAUUACUACCUGGAGGACCAGCAUUCUCUGCGGCUGGCAAGCCUGCCGGCCUUCCUCCCCAAUGACUCCAGCAAAAAGAGGCUCAUUGAGGACACAGAGGACUGGCGACCGCGGACGGGCACGACCCAGUCCCGUUCUUUCCGUAUCCUGGCCCAUCUGACAGGCACGGAAUUCAUGCAAGACCCGGAUGAUGAGCAUGUUAGGAAAGCCAGCCAGGUCUCCAUACCGGAUGUGUCUUCUGCGCCAGCCUUGAAAGUGGAGCCUGGAUAUGGCUCUGCUGCUCCGAAGCCUGCACCUGUCUCCAGCCCGGCCAGCCGCCCACCCUGGGCUGUGGAUCCUUCCUUUGCCGAGCGGUAUGCCCCAGAUAAAACCAGCACGGUCCUGAGCAAGCACAGCCAGCCGGCUACGCCAACACCGAUGCAGAACCGCAACUCCAUUGUGCAGGCUGCGCAGCAAGCCCCCGAGAGUGCCGACAAAACGCCCAUCUGCUACCAAUGCAACAAGAUAAUCAGAGGGCGCUACCUGGUGGCCCUGGGACGCUACUACCACCCUGAGGAGUUCACUUGCUCGCAGUGCAGGAAAGUGCUGGACGAGGGCGGGUUUUUUGAGGAGAAGGGCUCCAUCUUCUGCCCCAAGUGCUACGACAUACGCUAUGCCCCCAACUGUGCCAAGUGCAAGAAGAAGAUCACAGGGGAAAUUAUGCAUGCCCUCAAGAUGACCUGGCACGUUCAUUGCUUUAUCUGUGCUGCCUGCAAAACGCCCAUCCGCAAUCGCGCCUUCUACAUGGAAGAAGGGCAGCCCUACUGUGAGAGAGACUAUGAGAAGAUGUUUGGAACCAAAUGCCGUGGCUGUGACUUCAAGAUAGACGCUGGCGAUCGAUUCCUGGAGGCGCUGGGCUUCAGCUGGCAUGACACUUGCUUCGUCUGUGCGAUCUGCCAGAUCAACUUGGAAGGAAAGACAUUCUACUCUAAAAAGGAUAAGCCCCUGUGCAAGAGCCAUGCUUUCUCGCAUGUGUGAGGAGGAGGAGGAAGCGGGUGGGGAAGAGGAGAUCUGACUGCCCAAGCUGCUGCUCGCCCAAGCCCUGCAUUCCUCUUUCCCCCACAUUUUGCCCUGUCCUGUCCUGAGAGAGCUGCCCCCACCGCCACAACCCAAACCCUUCACUUGACAACCAUUCCCAUUGGGGGAGCUGCAGUGCUCAGAUUUCCCUUCAGUACUCUGCGAGGAUUCAGGUACAUGGAUUUAGAGUCUGAGCUUCAGGCUGCUGCUCUUUUUCACGUAGAAUUCCAUUCUGCACCAGCACUGAGUGACAGGGGCAGAAUCACCACCACCCUUCUCCAUGCUGUGAAGCCAUAGUGCCGCCAUAUGUCCAAAGGAUUUGCCAAUACCUCUUGUCACUUUUGUGCCAGCUGCAGCCAAAGAGGGGGAGCCCCAGAAAUGUAACUUCCUAGCUGAAGGAUCCCAUACGUUAGUGGCUGUUGCAAAGCAAGCAGAGUUGACACUUGGUCUUACCUAGGAGGUCCGUUACCUGCCACAGGUGUAUGUGGAUGCUUGCUGCCUCGCCCUCUUGGGGCGACAGCUUUUCCCAAUGCCAGGGUAGGGCUCGUUCUUGUGACUUCCUGCCUCCUUUGUGUUGUAACUACCAACUUUGGUGGCUCCUGUCUGCCUUUCCUUCCUUGAGAAGGCAUCGCAAGUGAUUUCUGUCAUCCAGGCCUGGCUCUGUCCUGCCUAUUAGUAUGUAUUUCCACAUUCAGUGAUGGAAACUCACCUCCAGGUAGACAUGUGGCCCUAGUGAAAUUGGGAAGAGCCAAGUCAAAAGUCAAAACGAAAAAGAAAGAGCUUUCUUUCCCUCCCAAGACUUAGCCACUCAUUUCCUAGAGCUGGAAACAGACUACCUCCAGGGUGUGUAGAGCCUUGUGCUACAAAAUUGCAACAGACCUCAAGCAAAGUGAUUUUAAAAUGCCAUGGAGAACAGAGUUUUCACAGGAUCCAGCCCUCUUCUCUACACCAGCAGAAGCUGCUUCUCCUUGCACCAUGAGAUGAACAUGUGAUUCACUCCCCAGCCAUACAACGCUGCGUCUGCUUGUAGCGCACAGCCCUGGGCUGGAUGUGGCCCCAGAGCAUCCCUACCAAAGAGUUAUUAUUUCUGAUUUGCUCUAAGUGUUUUUCCCAGAACCGUGCUGUCCGGCUGGGAGUCUUCGAUUCUUUGCCACCUUGGUGGUGCUUUGAAUGCCUAAUAAAAUAUGUCUUUAAUUCUUUUGUCACA